UGUUAUCAAUCAUAUUUAUAUUACAAUAUAUUAUGUCUUGAUAAAAAUUAAUGAAUAAAAUUAACUUUCAUUUUUAAUUUACAGACGACGACGUAGACAACUUAUUUACCAGUAGUAGCAACAGUGCACAAAUAGUUUAAACGGAAAAAAAAAUCGAUAUUCAUUUUAAUGAAAUUGUGCAUCGGGACAAAACGCGGUAAAAUGGCGAAUACAUAUGUUGUUAUUGCUGCAUCAAUUUUCUUCUGCAUUGGAUUUAUUGGAAAUUCUUUCACCGUGUGUUUUGUUAUUUUCUCUAAACAGCUGCACACUCCGACUUACUUCAUGAUUGGAUGCCUAGCAUUGUCUGACCUGCUCGCCUCUGUGACGCAAUAUGUUAGAAUAUUACCUGAUCCAUUUAAAUCUUUUUUUAAUGAUCAUUAUCAUGAAAAUAUAUAUAAUAUAGUCUCCUUUUUAUUCAUCCACUCGGCAUUUUUCCAUAUGGUAUUAGUAUCAUAUGUACGUUUUGUAUUCAUUACAAACCCCCUGCGAAGUUUGAAAUUGACCUGUAAAACAAUUUUGUGGAUGUCCUGUGUCGUUUGGAUAAGCUCUAUUAUCGUUUCCAUCGGAUACGGAGCAGUUAUAGUGCUACUUUUAAAGAACAUAAUAUCUGUCGAAACGCUUGGUUUGAAUGCACUUGGGUUUGCUUUGUAUGUUGGUGGAUUACCAUUUAUUAUUGUAGUUGUUUUUAAUGUUCGAAAGCUGUAUUAUCUGUAUAACCAAACAGCUUUGAUUCGACGAACCAGAAUAGCAAAUUCGAUGUCGUUCAUGUUUUGGAUUAUUAUCGUGAUGUAUCUCCUAAGCACAAUAUAUCCUUUAUUUUACAUAAUCGACUUUGCAGUGUUAAAAGACAGACCACUUCUAAAUAGAAGUUUAAACCUAGUCCAUGAAAUGUUUAAUUUUUCAUUGCUUGUUAAUAGUUGUUUGAAUCCUUUAAUAUAUUUCAUGUUUUCACCCCCUGUUGUAAGACUCCUAUCCCGAUUAAGAACAUAUUGUAAUCAUGGGUCAGAUCCACGUAUGAGCAAUUCUGGGGAUCUAUUCACAAUAAGUCGUACGUCCACGAGUACACUUUAA